AUGGGUCGCGGUGGCCCUCAUCGUUGGACCUAUCGCAUGCUAUCAGAACCACGUCUAACACAGGAGCUCAAAACCUUGUCUCGUCCCCGAACCGUGGAAGGGGUAGACGGAGUCACCUUCCAACCGUGUCAGCUCUACGAAGAACGGAGCCAGGAUCGCUGUCGUAUCGAGCAUUGGCCCUUGUCAUUCGGCACGUGGGUUUUUACUGCGAUCUUCGACGGCCAUGUAGGUCAUCUUACCGUGGAUCACGCCGCGCACUCGAUCCCUGCCAUGGUCAAACAUUCCCUCGAUGCGUACCUGCGCUCCUGCGCCCGAUCUCCUUUCUCAGUCGACCAAAUAUCGACCAUCCUUGCCGAUGCCGUCAUGCGCUUCGACCACACCGUCACCUCAGAUUUCAUCAACCUGUUUCCCGGCGGUCCAUCUGCGCUUCAGCGCAUGUCCGACGAGCAGGUUCGCAGCAUCGUCGACGACCGGUCAUCCGGAGGACGUAACUAUACUGCCGCCAUCAAGUGCCUGCAGGGCACCACAGCCUUGCUCACUCUGACAGACCCGAGCAGAAGCCACCUUUGGAUAGCAAACCUGGGCGACUGCCAAGCUGUCCUCGGCUCUCGUAACCCAUCGGGGCAGUGGCAUGCGACUUUUACCACCGCCCUACACGAUGGCGACAACAUGCGCGAGCUUGCGCGAAUCAAGCAUGAACAUCCCGGCGAAAAGGACUGCGCCAAAGAUAACCGAAUCGUCGGCUAUCUGGGUCCAACCCGAUCUAUCGGCGACACUUGGCUCAAGAUACCUGCUGUGUAUUCGCAACGGGUUCUUUUGAAUCUCCGGCACGAAUGGAACGUUGAGAUACCGGAGACGUAUAUCGCUCGCGUGCGAAGCCCUCCAUAUGUCUCGAGCACGCCUGACGUACAUCAUAUCCCGCUGCCUAAAGUUGCGUCCGGGAAGCCGAGGGACAUGUUUCUCAUGCUUUGCUCUGACGGACUUCCAGAUCUAUAUCCUCCGGAGCGUCGUGCAAGGAGCGAGCUAGCGAAUCACUGGGCGAGGGUUGUCGGGAGAGCGCUGGAUUCACGAACACAGGCGGGUAAUGCAGCACUUUCUCUUCUUCGUGACGCACUGGGUGGUGAUGAUGUACGGGAAGUUUCAAAAUAUCUUACUGUUGAGAUGGACGAGAAGUGGAUAGACGAUGUAACAAUCAUUGUACAGCGACUGUAG